CUUGCACCCUUUGUAAUUAUAAUAAUAAUGAUUCUUUGUUCUGUCUGUCUCUUCACAGUCUUCUCUCGCAACUUCCUCUCUUCCUUCCACAGUCAUCUGGCCGAAAGAUCGUAAAGUUAGAAGGUGAGAGAGAUGGAGAUCGGAGGGAAGGUGGUGAUAGAGAUCCAUGACGAUGAUGAAAGGAGCACGGGGAUGAGUAAUCAGCUGGUGGAGAAUAAGAGGCCACGACCAGCACUUGACCUCACCGAAGAAGUGGCAGAAAAUGGGAUAGAAGAGAGGGAAGAUAAAGGUUACGAAAAUGGGGAGAGAACCGCAGAGACCGAGGGUGAGAGGAGUUCUACUGACAGCAGAAGCACGGACAACAACAUCGACACGAUCGAGGGGAGUGAGGAGCAGGCGAGCGCUGUGAGGCAGUAUCACAGAUCCAAAAUGCCAAGGCUACGGUGGACCCCUGAUCUCCACCUUGCCUUUGUUAACGCUGUUGAGAAGCUCGGUGGUCAAGAAAGAGCAACUCCAAAGUUGGUUCUUCAGAUGAUGAAUGUGAGGGGGCUGAGUAUUGCUCACAUAAAGAGUCACUUGCAGAUGUACCGAAACAAGAAGCUAGAUGAUUCAGAUCAAAGAAAGAGAAUCUUCCCUUCCUCAGUGUUUUCAUUCUUGGAUGCUAAUCGGCAGUAUUGCUCCGAUUUAUUCCACCAAAAGAUGAUUCCAAGCCAGCCCCUCAGAAUGGGUGGUGGAGGCCUUUUCUCAGCAAGGUUUGAUCUGGAGCAAUCCAGGUACCACCAUCUUUUGCAACGAUCACAGGCCCAAAAGACUCAUCAUGAUCUCAAGAACUUCAAUGUUGCAUUGAUGGCAUUCAAUCAGCAAAUGACACCAGCAACCCAUCCACUUAGUGAUCAAGGACAAGCAGGAGGUCUGGUUCAUGAUCUGAUCUUUAGAAAAGAUGGGCAGCCAUCGGCAUCCCAUUUGUUUGAAGCAAGAAAUGCAAUCACUGGAAAUUUGAAAGCUCACCAAGUUCUUGGGGAAAGGAGGAGGCUACCAGGUGAUAUGGCUAUUAAUCAAGGCACAAACACAAGGGCGAAUGGAAGGUAUGAUCGGAUCGGUGGUAGCUCCAGAUUUGUUCCCAGCGGUAGUCCUUUUAGGCUGGCCUCCACCAAUCGUAACUUCAAAUGGAGUACCAGCAGCAGCUUCAUUCACAACUACAAUCAGAUUCAGCCUAACUCACGCGAUCCCACAGUCAUCAGUGAUAAUCUCAUGCCUCGUUCUGAGGCCCCACAUCAGCUUGAGAAUCCAACUUAUCAGCCUAAGCGCAAAUUUGAGGAUAUAAUUCAAGGAAGUGAGGCUCUAGUUGCUGUCAAGAAGAGACUGAUAGCAGCAAGAGAGAGAGAUUGGGGCACCGACUUGCAGCUAAACUUGAGUAAUUCAGCGAAUAAUGGAACUGGUGGCAACGAGGGUGUUGAGGCUGAAAAGGUUGAUGAUUUUCUAUUGCUGUCACUCGGCCCUCCAAUGUCUGAGAACCGAGUAGAGCCUUCCAAGACGGAAGAAGAUGCUGCAAAAACUGAGAUCCAGUUCUUCCCAAAGGAAGACCGCAAGUAGGGUGUUCUGCAGCACUGGGCGAGUACUUUGGAUCUGACCAUGCUAUUAAGGGCAUUGGAGUGAGAUCUUUCAAGUACUUGUCUCACUGCCUAGAAUAGGAUAUAUAUAGUUUUCUUCUUAUGCACAAAGGUCUAGCCCAAUGCUCCCUUGCCAGUAGUUGCUAGAAGCCGUAGCUUACUGCUUACAUCCAGUCAUUACUAUCCUGUAAUCAUCUAAUAGCAAGUCAUUGUCUCUGGAAUCGUUG